GACGGCUUGAGGAGUGACCUAAAGGACACAGACUGACCAAUGGUCAAUGUCCAGACAAUAGUUUAAUGUUUAAAUAUUGCAGCACACCACUCUGAAGGACCACCAGAGUAUUUUAGUUCUUGAACAUUUUAAACUUCAGAUACUUGAUCAGAAUAUCUAGAACUGUGAAAUUUAGAUACGCUUUUGAAGUCGGCACGUAGGAAAUGCUUUACCUUGUAAAAUUUAAAGAGCUUAUCUAGGUCUCGAAGGCAAACUUGUGUGAUUUUAAGUUUUUGCCCGUGCAGUGGCUAAUCUAAAUAUGUUUAGGAAGUAUAAAGAUAAAGAAGCAGACCUUUAUUUUGAAAAUGUCUGUGUCAGUUAUGGACUCGAUGACGGAAUACGUGACGUAACAGGGAGUGUUAAAGGGGGAGAACUCCUGGGAGUCUUCGGGCCGAAAGGCUGCGGGAAGACAACACUGCUCACUGCCCUGUCCGGUCUUUCGCCCGUGUCCCGGGGAGAGGUCCGUGUGGGCGUUACUCCUAUAGAGAGAUCCCCGGGGAAGGUUUCUUACUGCCCAGCUGUAGAUAUUUUCCUCCCAACCAUCACUGUAGCGGAAACACUGAAAUAUGCCGCCAAACUACACAUGCGAGUUGACCUAUCGACCUCCAGCAUAUCUAGGCGGGUUGUUGAAGCUAUCGAUCUACUUCAGCUAGACCUCUACAGAAACUGUAUGGUGCAGUUCCUAGAUGGCGCCGCCAGGAAGCGCCUGUCCAUCGCGUGUGCAAUGUUGACCAGUCCUUCUGUUCUCCUUCUGGACGAACCACUACUCGGGCUGCCGUUCGCGGAGACUCUGAACCUGUUGAAGCUGUUACGUCUAUACGUGGAGAAAACAGCCAGGGGUCUUGUGAUAGCGACUAGUACAUGUCCGGGUGUCGUGUACCAAUCAUGUUCUAAGUAUCUGUUCCUCUAUAGGUCAAAGAUGGCGUAUAGCGGUACGCCACAAGAACUCGACCAUUUUAUGAGAGACGCCGGAUUGUGUUGUUCUCUAGCCUAUAACCCCGCCGAAUAUUUCUUAGAGCUGCUAUGUGAGGAAACCCUAGACGACAACAAACCUGUCCAGGACAAAAUCACAGCGGCAUUCUGGGACAGGAAAAACACGAAAGGAUCAUCCUCGAACGGCAUAGGAAGUGACGUCACACAUGAACACGCUUUAGAGGACUCGACAAGACAACACAAUGGAGUAGGAAAAAGCGUAAACUCAAAAUCGACACCGGAAAUAGAUGAAGCAGUGUUCUUAAUAGAAGACGAUUCAGAAAUGUCGGUAGUUAGAAAGUCGUCAGCAACUAAAGACAAUCAGAAGUGGAGCUCACCAUAUUGGCGCGAGUUCCUGGUAUUACUAGACCGGAACUUUCACAAUGCACGGCGACGAAUACUAUUCCCGGUAGGAAUGAUUCAGAAUCUCUACAUCCUGGUCAUAUGUGUUCUGAUAUGGUGGCGGCCGGACAGAAACGAAGACACGGUCAAAGACAGACUUGGGCUGUUCUUUUUUACCGUGGUGCAGUGGGCCUUCUUUGCCUUGUUGGACGCCAUCUUGACAUUCCCCAAGGAAAUGAAGGUUAUAAACAGAGAACGGACGUUUGGACGCUAUCGUCUGUCCGCCUACUGUCUUUCUAAAACACUGAGUGAGCUCCCCUUGGCCAUCCUUCAGCCAUGUAUUUUCAUGUGUGUAAUCUACUGGGUGGCCAAUCUGAACGGUGCCUUCGCGUUCCUGGCGUCGCAAGGUGUUCUCAUUCUCAACGUAAUGGCCGCACAGAGUAUCGGACUGUUUGUAGGGACAGCCCUCCAGCCUCCAUGGACCAUCAGUGUAGUAUCUCUGGGGCUGCUAUCGAUGAUGCUCUGGGGUGGCGCCUUCAACACUCCACCGCCUUGGCUACAUUGGGGAAAAUUUGCCUCGUUUUUUUACUAUGGUCUGAACGCCCUCAUCUAUCUGGAGUUUACUGACGCUCCGCCAAUAAAGUGUUUAGCUGAUAGUCCCUACCACACAGUUCCUGUCUGUACUAUCGCCAUAAACGGAACCAACACCACAAUCCCGGAAUUCCCGUCCGACAUCCUUCUCGAACCACUGGGCGUCGACUGGCCUCUGUGGGCUUACGUCACCGUUUUGGCGGGAAUAAUGGUGGUCACGAGACUGCUCUGGUACAUCCUUCUCCGCAGGAAGAAACUAGAUUGAUGGAACAUUCGCCAUGACGACGAUACAGCCUUGUGAGAAAGGCAGUCUAACGUAAAGGAUGAACUAUUCCAUCAAUUUAUGGUGCGAGAUCCAUGUAUUUUUUUUGUGCCCGUGAUUAUAGUUCCUGGACUAGAAUACUCAAUUUCUCUAAAACGACAUUAUUAACAACGUAAAAUAUUUUGAAGGUUUAUUUGACGAAAACAUUAGACUGGAAUCCGCAAACAGUGCAAUCAAAAAGAUGCCCUCAGUGAGGAAACAGUAAACACAUUCAGUUCAGCUGGCAAGUUCUUACAUAGUUUAUUUAAAAUGUGAAGAUUGUAUUGAUAAGUCUUAUUAAAUGUUUCUUUUAUUUACCAAUAUACCUUAUAUUCUAUAUCUUAAUGUAGCAGACCGCAUGAUUAAUUGAAUUUAAAUCACC